AUGAUAGUUUCUUUGUCCUUGUUUUCUCCUCCCAGACCUUAGCUGAACUUGACAGUGGUCCAGGGGAACCAGCUUGGCAUUCGGGACAAGCACUGGACUUGGAGGAGUCUGUGUCACGACAGAGGUGGUGCAGUGUGGGGGGUAAAGGGUGCCUCUCCCUGGCUGCUGGCCUUGGGCAAGUGAGUCCCCCUCUCUGGGUCUCAGUUUCUUCAUUUGUCAAAUGGGAACAGGUAAUCACGUAUCCUGGAAGCACACAGGGAGGCAGUGAAGCUUGUGUUCCCUUUCUCCUCCCGCAGGGAGCUGUCCCUUUAACCUGGGAGGAGGGACCAGGGCCACGGGAGGCUGGCAGAGCGGUGCUAAGGCAAGCUUGUGGGCAGUGGGCUGGGGCUGAGCUGCUCUGGGGACCUCUGGAAAAGAAGGUCUCAAUUUUCAUAGUCACCUCCUCCAAGAGGCCCUUCCUGACCUCUUAACCCAAAGCCAUGCAGGUGGAUGCUGGGAUGGAAGCCUCUCUGACCAAGUGUGCUCGGGGGAAGCCCUUCCACAUAGUCACACCUCUGCUGGAGAGCUGGCCACUGUCCCAGAUGGCAGGCACACCUGUCCUCCUCAAGUAUGAGAAUGUGCAGCCCACAGGCUCCUUCAAGAUCCGUGGCAUCGGGCAUUUCUGCCAGGAGAUGGUCAAAAGAGGAUACAGACAUUUCGUGUGCCCUUCAGGGAGCAACGCGGGCAUUGCUACUGCUUAUGCGGCCAGGAACCUGGGCAUCCCAGCCACCAUUGUGCUCCCUGAGAGCACCUCUCUGCAGGUGGUGAGGAGGCUGCAGGGGGAGGGGGCUGAGGUUCAGCUGACUGGAAAGGUCUGGGAUGAGGCCAAUCUGAGAGCACAAGAGUUGGCCAAGAAUGAUGGCUGGGUGAAUGUCCCCCCAUUUGACCACCCCCUGAUAUGGGAAGGCCACAGUAGCUUGGUGCACGAGCUGAAGGCAGAGCUGCGGACCCCACCAGGUGCCCUGGUGCUGGCAGUGGGGGGUGGAGGUCUCCUGGCUGGGGUGUCGGCCGGUCUGGCAGAGGUGGGCUGGCAGCAUGUGCCCAUUAUCGCCAUGGAGACUCAAGGGGCACACUGUUUCAACGCAGCCGUCAAGGCAGGCAGGCUGGUGACACUGCCAGAUAUCACCAGUGUGGCCAAGUGCCUAGGUGCCAAGACGGUGGCUGCGCGGGCCCUGGCGUGUACAAAGGAGUUUGAGAUCUUCUCUGAGGUGGUGGAGGAUGUUGAGGCUGUGAGUGCUGUGCAGCGGUUCCUGGAUGACCAGCGAAUGUUGGUGGAGCCUGCCUGUGGGGCAGCCUUAGCUGCCAUCUACUCAGGCCUCCUGGGGAGGCUCCAGGCUGAGGGCCGCCUGCGCCCUUCCCUGGAUUCAGUCGUGGUCAUUGUGUGCGGAGGCAACAACAUCGACAGUGGAGAGUUGCAGGCUCUGAGAGCCCAGCUGGGCCAGGGCUGACGGAUCCUGGAUUGGGAGGGAUGGCUGGGUUCCAGCGAUUCACCAAGAGGCUCCUGAACACUCCAGGGCUGAGGUGCCUCUGUGCUCAUGGAUGACAGUGGAAACUGCCCUGUGCUGCUGUACUGGCUGCCUCCUGCAGGAAGCCCUCCUGAACUGCUCCCCGUGGCUUUCCCACAACUCUGGCCAAUAAACCCUUUCUGAGGUGA